AGGAUCGUCAUCAGCAUCAAGGCGACGUAGCACGUAGCCAUAAUAUUGCGACAAAAAAGUCAACUCUAUCCACUGACCUGCCUUACCAACAACAUGUUCAAAAAGUUCGACGAAAAGGAGCAUGUAUCGGGAGUGACCCAACUAAAAUCAUCUGCUCAGAAAGCAAUCAAGAAUAAAGUUGUUGAGCAGUUUCCUCAUGUCGAAGACUACAUCAACCAAAUACUCCCGAAAAAGGAUUCGUUACGAAUUGUGAAAUGUCAUGAUCACAUCGAGAUUCUCGUAAACGGCUCUGGAGAGCUGCUGUUUUUCAGGCACAGGGACGGACCCUACAUGCCAACUCUUCGUCUGCUGCACAAAUAUCCAUUCAUGUGCCCAUGGCAGCAAGUAGACAAAGGGGCCAUACGAUUUGUUCUCAGUGGAGCCAACAUCAUGUGCCCUGGGUUGACAUCCCCGGGAGCAAUAAUGACUCCUGCACCAAAGGGAACGGUGGUCGCUGUGAUGGCAGAGGGUAAGCAGCACCCCCUUGCAGUGGGACUAACAGCAAUGUCGACAGAAGAUAUAGCCAGCAUCAACAAAGGCAUCGGCGUAGAAAACGUUCACUACCUCAACGAUGGUUUAUGGCAUAUGAAACCCAUAAAGUGAUUGGUACUCCAGAGAAAUAUUGCAGUGAAUGUGAUGGAAAAUAGGCUGGAUAUGUCAUGAUGUGUCAGCCUAUUAAAUGUGGGAACGUUCCAUAACUUA